AAGGAUUUGGUAUUUAGGGUUCUUGGGGAAAAUGAAAAUAUUUCCUUUCGUCUGUUCUGGCCGCCCUCGCCUGUGAGUGGACACUGGAGGGGAUCUCUCGCAGCUCGCGGCAAUGAUCCGCCGACUAUGUCGCAGCGAGCACUUCAAGGCGCUUUUUUCCACCCUCUUUGCGAUGAUGCUGGGGAUUUUUAUCGGCAUUACUUUCUCAGAGUCGAGCUUCUUUUUGUCGAUGCGAUCCAUGAUGGAAGACUGUAGAAAACCUGUGAUCUGCAAGGCUGCUGGGACAGAAACAUUGCCACCAACGAUUGUAGAAGGACAAACUGAUUUGUUUUUGCGUAGACUUUGGGGGAAUCCAGAGGAGGAUCUUCCCUUCAAGCCAAGAUAUUUGCUAACGCUUACUGUCGGAUCAAAUCAGAUGGAAAUGGUGGACAAAGCUGUUUCCAAGUUUGACAAAGACUGGAUGAUAGUUCUUUUUCACUACGACGCGCACACGGAUGCGUGGGAUCAGUUCGAGUGGUCUCAACGUGCCGUCCAUGUUAGCGUGAGGAAGCAAACCAAAUGGUGGUAUGCGAAGAGAUUUCUGCAUCCCGACGUGAUAGAGCCUUUCGAAUACCUGUUUCUUUGGGACGAGGAUUUGGAUUUAGAGCAUUUUGACGCGCAUAAAUAUAUCGAGCUUGUGAGGAAACAUGGACUAGAUAUAUCACAACCUGGGCUAGAGCCCGACAGAGGAUUGACUUGGCAAAUGACCAAACGAAGGGGCGAUGUUGAGGUUCACAAAACCACGGAAGAGAAGCCAGGUUGGUGUAGUGCAGGGCCUCACAAGCCUCCUUGUGCUGCAUUUGUGGAGAUCAUGGCUCCAGUUUUUUCGCGCAAGGCCUGGCGCUGUGUGUGGCAUAUGAUUCAAAAUGACUUGGUGCAUGGCUGGGGACUAGACUUUGGCCUGCAAAAGUGUGCAACGCCUGCUCACGAGAGGAUUGGAGUCGUGGAUGCACAGUGGAUACGACACAAAGGCGUUCCGUCUCUUGGCUCACAGGGACAAGCCGUCGAGGGGAGACCACCCUGGGAAGGAGUGCGGGAAAGGUGUAACAAAGAGUGGCGUAUGUUUUCUGAGCGAAUGAAGAGAGCUGAGGACAUUCAGAAAAAUGUAACCCUCAAAAGCCAACAUUAGUACUACAAAACAUAUAAGUCGAAUAUUAUUAUACCAUCUAACAUCAGUAAUUAAAUCGUUAAGCUUGGAAAUAUUUA